AUGGCGGAGACCCCGGCCGAGGCUGAGCCCCUCUUGGGCCGGACCCGCGGUGACGGCCGGACCCCUUCCUGCCCGGCGGUGGCGGUGGCCGAGUCCGCAGUGGCCGCCUGCCGCAACGCUCAGAGCAGAGGUGAGACGCGGGGAGGACAGACGGGGGUGCCGGGCAGGGGUCGCGCGGGGGCGGCCCAUCGUCCGGCCGGAGUCCGAGCGGCCGGGCCGGACAGGCUGCCCCGGCGCGAGGGGCCCCUCGGGGUGCCGGGUCCCGCCCCCCCCGAGUUUGGCCCCAAGGCUGGUCAGACUCUGUGCAUCGACCAGGCCGUGGUCUUCAUCGAAGACGCCAUCAAGUACCGGUCCAUCAACCACCGCAUGGAUACCAGCGCCAUGUGGUUCUACCGCUGGUAUUACUCCAACUCGUGCCAGGGGGUCCUUUCCUUCACCAUCUUCCUGAUCCUGUGCCUGGCCUUCGUGGAGACCCCAUCCUCAUUCACCAAGUCCUCGGACGUCCGGUACCGCACCGCAGGCUGGGAGCCGCCCUGUGGGCUGACCGAGAGCGUGGAGCUGCUGUGUCUGCUAGUGUUUGUGGCCGACAUCUCCAUGAAGAGCUACCUGGUCGGGCCUUCCCAGUACCGGAGCAGCCCCUGGCUGCUGUCCUACAUGGUCGUGUUGGUAGUGUCCCUGGUCGACUGGAUUGUGUCCCUGAGCUUCGUUUGCUGGGAGAGAGUGCGCAUCCGCCGGCUUCUCCGCCCCUUCUUCCUGCUGCAGAACUCCUCCAUGAUGAAGAAGACGCUCAAGUGCAUUCGAUCUACGAUGCCCGAGAUGGCCAGCGUGGCGCUGCUGCUGGCACUGCACAUGGCCUUCUUCACCAUGUUCGGGAUGCUCCUGUUCACGGGCGAGAAGGAUAAUGGGCUGAUCAAGGAGAGACUGAUGUACUUCCGCAACCUGCCCGAGGCCUUGACCUCCCUGCUGGUGCUGCUGACCACGGCCAACAACCCCGAUGUGAUGAUGCCGGCCUACUCCCAGAACCGAGCCUACUGCAUCUUCUUCAUCCUCUUCACCGUGAUUGGCAGCUUGUUCCUGAUGAACCUGAUGACGGCCAUCAUCUACAACCAGUUCCGGGGCUAUCUGAUGCUCUCUCUCCAGACAUCCCUCUUCCGCAGACGGCUGGGCACCCGGGCUGCCUUCGAAGUCCUUGCUUCCAUGGAGGGAGGGAGAGAGACCCAGACUCAGAUAGUGGGGGUGAAGCCCGAGACCUUCCUGCAGGUCCUCCAGAAAGUCGAGAUGGCCUCCCACUGCAAGCAGGUCAUCGAGCAGAAGGUGCGCUCCCAUGGUGACAGGCUGCUGUCGGCCGAGGAGUUCCAGAAACUCAUCAAUGAGGUGGACAGGAGGGUCGUCAAGGAGCAUCCGCCGUGGCCCGAGUACCAGCUGCCGUUUCUGCGGAGUGCCCAGUUCUUCUUCGGCCACUACUACUUCGACUACCUGGGCAACUUCAUAGCGCUGGGGAAUCUCCUGUCCAUCUGCGUGUUCCUGAUGCUGGACUCAGACGUGGUACCUGAAGACCAUGAUGAAUUCAUGCUGGGGGUUCUCAACUCCGCCUUCAUCCUGUACUACCAGCUGGAGAUGUGGCUCAAGAUCUUCGCCGUGGGCCUGUGGGGCUACCUGUCUCACCGCAGCAACCUGUUUGAUGGCAUCCUCACCUUAGUCCUGCUGGUGUUGGAAAUCUCAACAAUGGUCGUGUACCGUGUUCCAUACCCAGGCUGGUGCCCACACACCAACGGCGUGCGGACGCUGUGGGACAUGACGCGGCUGGUGAACAUGCUCAUCGUCUUCCGCUUUCUGCGUAUCAUCCCCCGAAUGAAGAUGAUGUCUGUGGUGGCUAACACGCUCCUGGACCUGAUCAGGAACAUGCGGGCCUUCGCUGGCAUCCUGGUGGUGGUGUACUACAUCUUCGCCAUCGUUGGGAUCAACCUCUUCCAGGGCGCCAUAGUGGUGCCUACAAACAGCAGUGCGAUGGCCACCAACAACACCACUUCCGAGUCCUGCGGGACCUUCGAGCAGCUGGAGUACUGGCCCAACAACUUCGAUGACUUUGCGGCCGCCCUGGUCACCCUCUGGAACGUGAUGGUGGUCAACAAUUGGCAGGUGUUCAUGGACGCAUACCGGCGCUACUCCGGCCCGUGGUCCAAGCUCUAUUUUGUGUCCUGGUGGCUGGUGUCGUCUGUCAUCUGGGUCAACCUGUUCUUGGCUCUGAUUCUGGAGAACUUCAUCCACAAGUGGGACCGCCGUGACCUCCGGCAUCAACCCCCUGAGGGGCCGGGGGCCUUCGCCCACACCCCCUCCUACCACUCCACAGUGGAGCUCAUGUUCAGGGAUGUCCUGGAGGAGCCCGUGGAGGAGGACCUGCUGGAGAAGCUUCGGCGUCACCCCCACCUGGACAUCUGUAGGUGA